GAGGGGCGCACUCAACUGGGCUUGUUUUGUUUCGACAUGGUCGCCGGGCGUUGGUGAUGCCUCAACAGCUGGCUUUGGUGAGGCUGGAGUGUCCUGCUCUGCGCGACAGCGGAGCCGCAACGUCCUGUUGACGGUUGGCGCAUAGCUACGAGAUAGGGGUUUAGAGAAUGGCGUGUGCCUUGAAGUGAGCAUCAUCGUGCUAGAGGGCCUCGUAGAGCGUAUGUGUGGUUGUGGUCGUUAGUGGCUAUGCUCAGCCCAGAGCUGGAAAAUUGAAUUGUAGGUGGAAUUUGGGCAUCAUGCCAUAUGCGUAAUAUACACAAUUUGAUCGCAGUGAAGUAAUGACCAUGGCGAGAUACUGUGGUAAUCCGUACUGUGUUGCCGAUUGGAUAUGGCAAGGCUUGAGGCGUGCUCCUAUAGUCUUAGGUUGUUCCGUGAACGUAAUGUACAGCUUGUCUUUUGCAAUAAUAAGAUCCAUAAUGUACCUUUGCUUGUAGGAGCAAAGUUGCGCGUAAAAGACUGUCCGCAAUUUGUGCAACGUUCGAAGGAUAAAACACUUAAGAUAACAUCCCUUUGAAGAGACAGAAGAACUAGGUAUAUCACAAAGCAUAGGAACUUGUGUAACUUUCCAAUCUUAUGGCAACUUGAGCUUGCGCCACACCUACAUGAAGCUGUCUGCGGCCUACAUACUAGAAGGCGGGUGAACAACUAGUUAUCUACGCCCGCACAGCUGCGAAGCUGACACGACCGCCAGCUGCAAGCAAGGCUGUGUAAUGGAGUUAGUUUCCGAGAGCUGUUCCAUGGAUACAGACAUGGGGCAUGGCGCAGAGCCAUUUGGUUCCUGCCCCCCGAUCGAGAGCAGCAUAACGGCGAUGCUGGAGGACCAGCAGUACGUCGAUCAUAGACGGACCGGUCGCAAAUUGAACGCGCUCGCUCCCAGCAAGCGGCAAGCCAAUGCCCUCGCCGCACCUGAAGCGCAGCGAGCGGAGACCUGUCCCGGCGCUGCGGGGGUUCUGGCUGAUCAGGAAUGCUUGCUAUCCCACUCGGCAGCAGGGCAACCUAGCCAGACGCUGGUGCCAGAAGGGCUGGUUGCAGCGGGGCCCGGCUGCACCUCAAUCCCCACCCCAAACCUGACACUCUGGCCACCCGCCCCUCACGACGGCAUCAUGGGGACGUCUCCGCCGGGCGUCAUGGGAAGCAGCAUCCCGACCCCCGUCUUCGCCACCGGACCCUUCAUGCAGGGCUCCUCCAUGCCCCACCCGAACCCACCUGGUCGUCCCCAGAGUUACGGCUGCGGGCAAAGCUACAUGGGCCUGCAGGCUGCUGUUGAGAGCCUGUUACCCAACCAGGAGGCCCCACGGCAUCCCUCGUGUCGUGAACUCCCUUCCCCGGGCGUGGGGCAGCCGUUACAGCCUCCGCACGUUUCCCUGCCGCCCCCAGGAGUCAAGCAAUCCCUGCACCCCGCACCACCGGGGUAUGGCAAUGCGGCUGGUCUCGAACUGCUGGCACAGCCGCCUCCGCAGCAGCAGCAAUCGCAGCCCCCACCGCAGGAGAUGAGCCGUGCGCUGCUGCUGAUGCUGGGCCGUUGCCGUGCAAGCAGCUGCGGCGGCGCGGCAAGCGGUGGCGGUGGCGGAGGCGCACUCAUGGACGGUGAUGUCGCUGCGGAGGCCGGUCCCAGCAGUGGGGACCAGGUCCAAGCAGGAGUUGCAGCUGUUGCUGGUGGCGUAGAGGGUGAUGGCGGUGGUUGCAGCUCUGCCGGUCGUCUGCGAAAGGAGGUUUCUUUGAAGGAGCGGAGGGCGGGUGGCAACGGCAAGAGCAACAGGGAGCUGCUGUUGUUGGACCCCAAGCGCGUGCGCCGCAUCAUUGCAAACCGCAUGAGCGCCGCCAAGUCCAAAGAGCGCAAACAGCAAUACGCGGAGCAGCUGACGCAGAUGCUGGACGACGGCCAGGCGGAGCGGGAGGCCCUCGCCCGGCAGCUGGAGCGGCUGCGAGCGGACAGCGCGGCGCUCGAUGCAUACGUGCGGGACGCCCGGCAGCAGGAGGCGCAGCUGGCUGCUAACUUGGCAGCUGUACGGCAACAAAGCGAGCUGCUGUUGCGGAGGUUGCAUGCCGUACGGGCUGGAGCAGGGCAGGAUCUGGUGCUGACGUCGCCGCUGGUUGGGG